CAUCCAUAGGUGCACUACACCAUCAGUCAGCCUCAGUAUCAAUACUAUAAAACUGCAGCAUCCGGAGUUUGCAGACAGAUUGAAUCAGAACUUUUCAAAGGAUAUGGAACUCUUUUAACAACAUAAAAUGCAUUAAAAGACCCUCUAACACAGAGGACAGCGCCAUGCCAGUGUCACAGCAGGAUGUUUCCAAAUGGACCGAGGAAAGCCGCAACACUCAGAACAUGGAAACAGUAAACGGUGCGCACAAGACCAUGAGUAUGGACGGUGACAAUGACGAUGAUGAUGGAUUCAACAGAAUGGAAGAGAAUAACGACGAUGAGGAGCAGGGGGAAGAAGGAGGGUUGGGGGAAGAAGAGAGCCUUGAGGAGAGUCCUAAGAGGAGUGGGACCAAGAGGAAGAAAAUGACAAAAGCCCGACAACAGAGGUUUAAGGUCCGACGCAUUAAGGCCAACGAGCGAGAGAGAAACCGUAUGCACGGGCUCAAUGAUGCGCUUGAGAGUUUGCGUAAAGUUGUACCUUGCUACUCCAAUACUCAGAAACUUUCCAAAAUAGAAACAUUGAGGUUGGCAAAAAAUUACAUAUGGGCUCUCUCUGAGAUCUUGCAAUCGGAUGAAAGUCCAGAGUUGAUGUUGUUCGUGCAGGCUCUAUGCCAAGGACUGUCCCAGCCCACCACCAAUCUAGUGGCAGGAUGUCUGCAGCUCAACCCCUGGACGUUUUUACCAGAGCAGGCCCAGGACAUCCCAUCUCAGGUGCACCAAACAUCGACUGCAUCCUUCUCUUUGCACCCCUCCUAUCCUUACCCUAGCCCGCCGUAUGGUACCAUGGACAGCUCCCAUAUCCACCACGCCAAGCCCCACACUGUCGACAAUGCGCUUGAGCCGUUCUUUGAAACUACAUUCACAGACUGUACCAGCACCAGCCCCCGGUUUGAGGGACCACUAAGUCCACCAUUGAGCGUGAAUGGGAACUUUUCCUACAAGCACAAGUCAACGACGGAGUUCGACAAGAGCUAUGCCCUUUCGAUACAAUAUGCACCUCAAGGUCUGGCAGGAGUACAAUGUCUUCAUCCGUUUUAUGCAAGCUCAUCACAGCGCUUUGAUAUUCCCAUGGACAACUUUAUGUCGUACGAGACUCAUAACGAGAGGAUGCUGAACGCUUAGCUCAAUGUCAUAUUCCAGAAAACAUUUACAUUUACAUUUAAGUCAUUUAGCAGACGCUCUUAUCCAGAGCGACUUACAAAUUGG